CUCCUGUGGCGGACGCUGCCACAGUCUGGCCUCGGAGCUGUCGUUCCAGCAGCCACAGAAUCGACAGUAACAGAAAUGAGAAAAGGCUGAAACGCUCAGCAAGGAGAAGUGGGUAUCAGGCCCGUGGAGCUGGUGGCACUGGUGUGCCUGACACACGCCCUGUCCGCGGCCCCGGAGCCCGCUCUUCUCCAUCUGCUCUGUCCUGGGACAUGUGGCUCUGCUCGGCCUGUCGCUCAGACGCCAUUUGCUUUUGACUCAAGAUGAUUUGAUGUUUUAUUAUAAAACUCGUUAACCAUGAUGGCUACACAGACCUUGAGCAUAGACAGCUAUCAAGACGGGCAACAAAUGCAAGUAGUAACAGAGUUAAAAACGGAGCAAGAUCCCAACUGCUCUGAACGUGAUGUGGAAGGAGUGAGCCCUCCCCCCGCGGGCUCCCAGACGCCAAUGGACGCAGACAAGCAGGCCAUUUAUAGGCAUCCACUGUUUCCAUUAUUAGCUUUGUUGUUUGAAAAAUGUGAACAGUCUACGCAGGGCUCAGAAGGCACGACUUCUGCCAGUUUUGACGUAGAUAUUGAAAAUUUUGUAAGGAAGCAAGAGAAAGAAGGAAAACCCUUCUUUUGUGAAGAUCCGGAAACUGACAAUUUAAUGGUGAAAGCAAUCCAUGUGCUGCGUAUUCAUCUCCUUGAGCUGGAGAAGGUGAAUGAGCUCUGCAAAGACUUCUGCAGCCGCUACAUCGCGUGUCUAAAAACGAAGAUGAACAGCGAGACCCUCCUGAGUGGGGAACCCGGGAGCCCGUACUCCCCCGUCCCAUCCCAGCAGAUUCAGAGCGCCAUCUCGGGCACCCUCAGCCCCCAAGGAAUCGUGGUGCCCGCGUCCGCGCUGCAGCAGGGCAACGUCACCAUGGCAACAGUGGCAGGUGGCACAGUGUACCAGCCCGUCACGGUUGUCACUCCUCAAGGCCAGGUGGUGACGCAAGCGCUGUCGCCCGGCACCAUCAGGAUCCAGAACUCCCAGCUUCAGUUACAGUUAAACCAAGAUCUCAGCAUUUUGCAUCAAGAUGAUGGCUCAUCUAAGAAUAAAAGGGGCGUUUUGCCGAAGCACGCCACCAACGUGAUGAGAUCUUGGCUCUUUCAGCACAUCGGGCACCCGUACCCGACAGAGGACGAGAAGAAGCAGAUUGCUGCUCAGACAAACUUGACGCUGCUCCAGGUCAACAACUGGUUCAUCAAUGCCAGGAGACGGAUCCUUCAGCCCAUGUUGGAUUCCAGUUGCUCAGAAACUCCAAAAACUAAGAAGAAAACGGCUCAGAACAGACCCGUCCAGAGGUUUUGGCCCGACUCCAUCGCCUCCGGAGCCGCACAGCCACCGCCCAGCGAGCUGGCCAUGUCGGAAGGAGCGGUUGUGACGAUCACCACGCCCGUGAGCAUGAACGUGGACAGCCUGCAGUCCCUGUCCUCGGACGGCGCCACCCUGGCGGUGCAGCAGGUCAUGAUGGCGGAGCAGAGCGAGGACGAGUCUGUGGACAGCACGGGGGACGGCGGCGCCGCGCUCGCCCCCGCCCACAUCCGCGGGCUGGUCCUGGAGAACAGUGACUCCCUGCAGUAGGGCCGGCGCAGCCCGGAGCCGCGGGGCGGGCGGGCCUGGCUGUUUACAGUUUGCACAGCAAACAUUUUACACACUUUGAUUUCUGACAUGACAUGUUUUGUAUGUAGACGGAGAAGAGCGCACUUUUGUAUUUCAUAGUGAGCUUCGAGGGCGCCUCCGCCGGCGCCGCAACUUCUUUCCAGUGUGCGUGUGUGUGCGUGUGCGCGUGCGCGGGUUUUUAAGGAGAUUCUUUAAAGGUUUAACGCUAAAAAUGUGACGAACGGCAAAACGCCCCCCGUGAGCCCCUGACUAGAGUAAGGGAUAGUGCUGCCAUUUUCUAAAAAUUUAUGCAGUUUUAGUUUUGUUCUGUGGUCGCAGCAGGUCCCAGUGGGCUGACUUAUUUGUGCAGCCCAUGGAUUUGAAAGAAGCUCCUGCACCUUAAAACCGCCAGUGUGAGGCGGGUGCCCCACAGCGGGGGCGUGCGUGUGGCCCAUGGGGAGCGCGUGCGGAUUGGACCGCGCCCAGGUUCUCGCAGACAUGGUGAGCCUGUCUCAUUUGCUAUAUAUAAGAAGAAACUCCUAUUUUUACCUUGCUGGAAUUAUUGGAUAAAAAGCUAUUUUUAUAAAUUCGUUACGAAUUGGAUUAUGACUAUAUCAAGGAUAAAAUUUCUAGAGAAGAAACAAUACGUGCUUACUAUUUCAAUUUGGAAUGUUGUGAACUGACCAAAUUUAGUGAAGCUGCCCAAAGUCAGCUAGCAUCCGGGGUUCUCCGCCAUCCCGGGCUGGACCUUGACGUUUGCCACCACGGGAGAAACAGCUAUUUCAUGAGAUUUUGAUACCUUCCAACUUUAGUUUCUAUGUAAAUGCUCAGACCGCAUUUCACACUUGAUCUGAACGUGUAUCUAAGGGUGUUUGCUAAUAGGACUUAGUGAGUUAAGUGAAGUGGUGACCAGCAGUCACAGGCUCUUCCCGCACAUACGUCCAUCUGAUUUGAAUUCGACUACAGUUAAAUGGUGCCUGCGCCACUUAGCUGUGUAUUGUCUUAGAAGUUUUAGUCAGCCAUAUGUUAUGCAUAGAAUGUUUAUGAUAAACUAAUAUAAGACGUCCUCCAUCCCAGCGCUUAGAGUGAGGGUGAGGGGCCAGCGCUCCACUCUGUCACGUAAUCCACACAUCCCUGCAGUGACACUGCUCUCCGGGCCGGGUGACGGACGGGUGGCGUGGCCGCGGCCUCUCCUGCCUUGGUCGGUCCCGGGGUCGGUAUUUUCUCCUUGUACGUGGUCGCUUUGGGAUUCCUGGAGCCCUCCCCCUCUGACAAAUGAGGUUUGGGGUAGUUUUAGGACUUCCGUUCCCGGCGACAAGGCAGACCAAGAGAGUGGUCUGGGUUUUCUCUCCUUUGUUUUCAUUUAUUUGCAAGUGGGGCUCUUGCUCGGGGAAGGAGCCAUCUUGCUUCAUAGUUUCGUGCCGUCUUCAAGGGGCCGCCAGAGCUCGUGUGGCUGAAGGGAGACACGUGUUUCGUGUUCGGGAAGGUCGGCAGUUCUUGAGACCCGACAGCCGUCGUUAGUCACCGACCACGGUUACACUGCAGGGGGUCUGGAGCGAGGGCAGACCCCUCUGGCACGGAUUUCCCCGCCAAGUCUGUUAGUCCCAGUCAGUUCUAGAAGGGCCUUUCCCAGGUCACUUCGGAGGCUAUGUAAGAAGUACAUAGACUUUUCUUUGAGAAUAUUUCAGGAGCUUUAGAAAGAAAAGGUGGACUGUGAAAUCUUUUGGAGAAAGAACAACCUUUUUAGCACCAGUCGCAUCCCUCACUUAUAAAAUGUAACGUCGUCAGUAACCUGCACGGGUUUCAUAGACGGUUUUAACUUGACGUGAAUUCUGACUUUGUUGGACUUACUGACACGAGGAGCCGUGGACACCAGCCAGCCGCCCCCCCCGCCCUCCAGUGGCCCUGCUCCUCGGGCAGGCGUGGACUCAACGGGCAGGUCACCGCUCCCCCCGCCCCCGGGGUCACGGUCCCUGAGCCGCGGUAGCCUGUUAGUCGAGGGCUGCACGGACGGCCCGUUUGGAGACAGACGGGCCGCGCGGGGUCCCACCGCCCGCACUGGCCGCCAUCGGCCUUCGUGCCCGGGGCCGCCCCGUGCUCCCUCCGGCCGGGGCCGGUUUCCUUCAGCUCUAAGUUCGCACCGGGUUGGGAGGACUGGGAUAGACCAUUCAGGGACGGGGACGGGGCGCCUGUGGACAGGCCCGAGCUCCCCCAGGCGCUCCCCGCGAAUAACCGAGGUGCUGGUAGCCGACCCUGGCGCGGCCAGCGGUCUGGGUUCGUGAAAGCGCCGCCCAGCUUGUCUGUUGUCGGUUUGUGUUUUAUAAGCGCCCAUCUUCCAGCCCUCGGACGCUCAAGAGAACUUUUGAAGACGGGACUCCGUCAAGCGUUCGUUUUCACUGAGCAGGUUCGAUCCUGACUUUGCGCAAGAAGGACGCUCCGGGUGUGUCCUGAGACCCGGAGUGAGCGUGUCGCUCCCCGUCCUGCCACCUCCCGGCCGCUCCCCGACGAGCCGCCGCUGGUGACGGACCCUGGUGACGGACCGGCUUUCUUGGCCGCAGGUAGUGACGUCCGUGUCAAUAUCUCUCCAGGACGCACAGUAGGGCGGCGGGUGGCACCGGCGUGCUCGCAGGGCGCGUGCCUGCGGGUCCCAGGGCCCCUUGUGUGCGGCCCUUACUGUGCGAGCUGCUCGGGGCCCUUUCCUUCUAGACAAACUCCGACUGCCUGGCCGGUGGGCACGGUGGUUAGUGACGGACGUAACCCAGCAACCUGCCUUCUGUUUAGCCGUGUUUGGUCUCCGAACUGACAAUCUUUAAAAUGUGAAACACUGUAACAAUGUUUUCUUGGAUUGUUGUCUUUAAAGGGGAUUUUUGUGAAGCAAUUGAUUUAUCAAAGCAAAAAAAUUAAAAAUAGAAACACGCUCCACGGAUGUGUUCUUUCCUAAA